AUGAGCUCGUACUACGACAUUGAUGCCAUCCUCACCGACGCGCAAAAAGUACCAUGCACAUUUGAACUUAGCGUACCGGGGUUGGGCUACCUCGACGGCAAUGCUGGGCAAGAUAUAAAGCAAGGCACCAAGAUUGAGCUACCGCUCUGGCUGGGUGAGAUGCUCGCUGUCAGCGCACCGUCCGCUUCUGGCUCCAUGGCAACUCUUGAUCUCCCCGUCGCCCUCGGCACCCGCGUCCAGAAUGCCUUGAAGGCAGACCCACGCACCAUAGAUCUGCGCGCUCUAGCACCCCACUUCUAUGCUCUGGGCGCACGCAUGCUUGAGCUGUUCGAAGAAGAAGAGCUGGGUGAAAUUUUGGCCGAUAGCUUUAAAAUGCGCUCAAAGGUGAUUGCGGAUCAGGCGCAUAAUCCUCGAGGCGCACUGGGGGAGGGGGCAGAUUUCCUGAGAGGAUUGGAUGAAAAUGAAAGGCAAUUGUUUAGAGCAGCGCACGACAGUGCCAAAGCUGUGCGGACGUGGAUGGCGGAAAACAAAAAGAAAUGA